AAGGCCCAAUCGAUCUUUAUUUAUAUCAACAGAAACUCACAAAGCGACGUGACACGCAAAUCAUCAGCUUGACCAGAAAUCACAGAUGUACGCGACCAAGCCGCUGUCCCUGUUCAAGAGCCACCCGGAGGCGGCGUCGCGGCCGCCACCGGAGGGCCGGAACUCCGGCUACCUCGUGGUGAAGGGCGCCGACGACGAUGGAAGUGACGACGAGACGUGCUGCUGGGGCACCUGCGGCGGGUCGCGCGUGCGGGACCUCCCGUUCCCGCAGAACCGCGUGCUGACGGUGAGGUACACGGAGCAGCACGGGGAGAGCAGCACCACCUACGCCGACGCCGUGGUGUUCGUGCCCGUCCCCGACCAGCCGCUGGCGUCCAACCGCUACUACCCCGUCAUCGCCACGGGCAGGCACAGGGGCCUCGUCAGGGCGUGCUCUGCGGAGGAGGACAUGGUCCCCUGCUGCUUCUGCCGGUGCAUCAACGACGUCGACCCGCGGCCGUUCGACCCAGCCGACAUCUACCAGCAGGUCGAGAUCGUGCAGCGCCGGCGCGGGCGGUUCACGGCGAGGGCCGUGGCGCCCGACGGCUUCCCCUACUUCCUGUACCGCAAGAAGUACUGGCGCGUGUACGCGUCCAAGCCCAAGAGCUUCGACCUCCAGAUCGGCGAGGCCGGGGGGCUGGACGCCGCGCUCCGGUCUCGCCAGCUCUCGGACGCCAGCGUCCUCGACGCGUUCCCGGCGCCGACGAACGGCGCCGUCGGGAAAUGGUACUCCCCGUUCUUCCUCGUGAAAGAAGACGGCGUCGCGCCACGCGAGCAGAUGGGACGCAGCGCGUUCUACGAGGUGACGCUGGAGCAGCGCUGGUGGGAGCCGGAGCCGGUGGACGCGCACAGCGGUGGUGGCUCCAAGCUUGCCAGCAAGAGGGCGUACAUCGGCGGGAGCGUGGAGGCAAAGCAGGAGGCGGGGAACUCGCGGCACGGCGACGACGCGUUCGUGUGGUUCAGGGCGGCGGCGACGGGGCAGCGGGUGGCGCUGUGCACGAGCGUGUGGGAGAGGAUGCGGUGGGAGGAGUACAGGGGCGGGUGGGUGGACGAGGACGAGGAUGCCGGGAAGGUGGCCGGCGGAUCGGUGCUGGUGGAGAGGUUCGUGGUGAAGAGGCUGGAUGGCACCGUCGUUGUGGCCUUUGACUUUGUGCAUCUCAACAAAGUCAGAACAAAGCAGCUGUGAAUACAUUACAUUACAGAGCAUGCAUGAUAUCCACUAUUCUGGGCAACUCUUGCUCUUUGCGCAUGUGUGUAAAUUAGUUUGUGAGAUUGCUUCAGGUAUCAAGGUUUCAUUUCGGUUCACGAUUUGACCUUUGUGUGUGUGUGUGUAACUCAAUAUUAAAGUGCUUAAUGUAUGCUGCCGUUAAUUUCAAAGUAUUUUCUUGUUC